AUGAGCUUAAGAAAUAAUGAUUUUUCUGCUGAGGAAUUGGAACAUCUUGAUACAAGGUCUAAUGAUCCAAGAAGUUCCGCAAGUAAUGCCGAAACCUCAGACUCUGAGUUUACAGAAGUCAGUCAGGGCCAUGCUACAAGCAAUAUGUGUGCACGUAACAACCUGACUGAACCGUCUACGGACAACGUGGCUCUCGAAGAAGGACAACAGCCAAACAAUCAGCAGUCUGAUGUUGAAAAGGCCAGUGGUUCAACUACUCCUAACGAGGAGCCCGACCGGACUGUCAGUCGCAAGAGGACUGAUUUAGAACAACCAGGAGGUUACCAGAUGCUACAUGAAGGACGACAUGCUACAGGAAGUGAUGAAAUGUCUACUUCCAUUCAAGGAAAUGAAUCAGUCAGCACUAUGACAUUUAGUGAAGAAUGUCGCCCUGUUUCAGAAAUGGAUCUCAUCGCAGGUCGACCUCAGUCACCUCAGCUGGGUACUGAAGAUGCUUCAGGCCAUUCUAUCUGUAAUGGUGGAGAUGGUAAUGCUCUCCCUCAAGGAGACCAAGUUGAACUGGUUGACAGGAUGGAGAGACCGGAACAUCAGCCUUUUCCUCUGCAGGAAUGUGGUAUCCAAGUCAAUGUGUUGAGUGUACCUAUUCAGGAGACGGAACUAUUCAGAUCACAGGAGUUAGGUACUCGCCAAACAUUUCAUCAGGGUUAUACCUGGAAUCAUCCCUUGCAGGAGAUGGAGCAGCCAGCUUUAAGACGGCCACGUGAAACUUCCGGCUUGCUUGCUUGUCACCAGCCUCGUGAUGAUGACUCCAUAAAUGUAGUGAGUUCUGUGGGUAGCAUCCAACAGCAUAUUGAGCAUGGCUGUGAGCGCCAAGAAAUAAGAUUAUGGCAAGGGCAACUUGAUAGGUCUGCUUCACAAAAAGCCAUAAGGAACAAACAGAAUCCUCGAGAGACUUAUUUCAUAGUGAAAUAUACAAACGUUGAGCAGUUUCGCCAGGCCGAUGACAACGGAUUGGCACCAGCUGUUUUCGGUCCCGCCAUUGACUCCGAUAGCUUUGAAUAUAAGUUCGGGGUAAGGAUGUAUCCCAAUGGAGUUGGUGACGGAAGAGGCAGGUAUGUUGCCAUCUUUGUCCACAUGAUGGAGGGUGAGCACGAUGAUUUCUUAACUUGGCCUUACGCUGGAAGAAUUACUUUGUCAGUUUUGGAUAGAAAUGGACAAAGGCACAACGACAUCAGCCACACUUUGCAAGCUAAACCAAUGUUAGCUACUUUUCAAAGGCCUCGGGAAGCCAUUUGCCCUAUUGGAUAUGGCCUCAUUUACUUCGCAAGGAUAGAACUGUUCUUCGGUCCUCAAUUUGUAAAAAACGAUGAACUGUUUUUGAAAAUUGAUUUUUCAUCAAAAUGA